GUGCUCUGUUGUUUUCAUCGGUAAUUAUUUUAAUUUUAUCUGAUCAUAAUGUCAAUUACUUUGGAUUUUGAUGUUAAGCAAGUGGAUAAUAAAAGACCAAUGCAGCUGCAUUAUUUACCAGCCAAAAUCGUUGGUGACGGCGAAUGCACGAAUGUAGAUAAAUAUUUCAACAAUUAUACGCGUGAAAAUCCCGAAUAUGGCAACGGCGUGUUGACAAACGCACUCAGAGGCUAUCCACUGCUUGGGAAGCGGGAGUCAUUGCCCAAGGGGUACAAAGGUGUAGUACUGCAGGAAACUGACCCACACCUGGCAGAACGACAACUGCGACUCACAGGCACCUUUCAGGAGUUUACAUACUGGAACUAUGAUAAGGUGCCGUCAAAAAGCGAUGGAUAUCAACAGGCAGCGAUCAUGUUGGAUGUGGCCGAGGCGUUAGCGGCUCCCGUUAGCGAAGAGGCGCUUGAAGAGGAGCUGAAGCUGAUCCAACAGGCAAAAAAAGAAAACGCUUAAAUAUUUGAGCGCUUACAGCGUUUAGUAUAUAGUAUUCCAAAAGCUAAUCAAAUAUGUUCACAAUUCGUACACUUUAGACUUACAAUUUGUAUAAAAGAUUCAAAUAUAAAUACGUAUGUAUGUA